AGCCACUGUCGAGUAGCUUAUCCCUCACCUCACGAGACGUCGUCAUCCAAACACUGCUAAGGUCACUUUGCUGUAAGACACAAUGUUCAGCCCAAGGAAGUUCUUCGUGAUUGGUAACUGGAAGAUGAAUGUGGACAGAUCUCGCAUCGACAGCAUCGUUAAACUCAUGACAGCAGCAUCUCUAGACCCCAAUACAGAAGCCGUGGUUGGGUGUCCCUCGUGCUACUUGUCGUACGCCCGCCAGCAGCUCCCGCCCCAGAUUGCUGUAGCCGCUCAGAACUGCUAUAAGGUAGAGAGAGGCAACUUUAGCGGAGAGAUAUCUCCUGCCAUGAUCCAGGACUGUGGGUGUGAGUGGGUCAUCCUGGGUCACCCUGAGCGGAGGACAAUAUUUAAUGAACCAGAUCACCUCAUCAGCCAGAAGGUCGCCCACGCCCAACAGGCAGGCAUCAAGGUGGUGGCGUGUGUGUGCGAGACGAAGGAGGAUCGUGAGAGCCAGCGGACGGAGGAGGUGCUGUACGGACAGUUAGAGUCCCUGGCGGCCAGCAUCAGUGAUUGGUCCCGCGUAGUGAUCGCCUUCGAGGCUCUGUGGGCCAGUGGCACUGGCAUCUUGGCCACACCUGCACAGGUCCAGGAGGCACUCUCCAUGCUGCGGCACUGGCUACGUCACAACGUCUCCCACCACGUGGCCAACACAACUCGUAUCAUCUACGCUGGCUCAGUUUCCACCGACAAUUGUCAGGAACUGGCCAAGUUGAAGGACCUGGACGGAUUCCUGGUGGGAAGCGCCGCCCUCAAGCCUGAUAUUGUUGACAUCAUCAACGCGAGAAGCUCCCAUGUUGCAAGACUUGUUGAUAUCUUCUCCUCCUAUGAGCGCUUGUCCAGCAGAGCAAUAUAACCAAGGCCAGGUUACCAACCAUCACAUUUGUAUAUUAUUCAUCAAUGGUGAAACCUGCAGCUGGAACGGCUUUUGUUGUUGACACUAGUGUCAGAUGUGUUCAAAAAUCUUGCUGCUUUGUGCCCUCUAAUCCUUCCGAGUUUUCGCUCACAGGCCGAGUAUGGGGUGCACAUAUACUAUAGCCGCCACUGGCAUCCAGUUAUCGACUGUCAGCAGAAAACUACUCUACCUGACGCAGAUAAACAUAUUGUGAGGCAAAUACUUGGCGAUCCUUGACGCCCUUCCCCCCCAAACCAAAAGGAGGCCAAGCUAGAAUAUUAUCGACAGAAAAGUCAUCGUGUCACCCAUGAGGCUCGUCUACCCUUCCUUUACAUGUUUACAAUCCAUUAUUCUACAGCUGCAGCGCUAGUCCCAUGAGUUAUUUGUUUUCUGCAGCUUAACUAAUUGUAAUUAGGAAGAGUAUUUAAAAGCCUUAAAAGACACUUAAAUAAAUUAUGAAUUGUAUCUUUAGAACUCAAUUAAACCGUUACAAGUUUAUUUGUAAGCUGUUUGCAUCACAGCCUGACAGUUGAAUGUUUGUGUAUAUUUCUGCAGUGUGGUUUUACAUAAUUUUUAUAUAAGUUAAUUUAUAUUACUACAUUAAAUAAAGGCGAAAUAAACAUCCAAA